AUGAACUGGUUUUACUCCGGUUCAGUCUACAAGUCCGCUGGUGAACUCAAUCGCCUUGUCCAAGAAGUUAUCCUGGCGGAGGACUUCGAUCGUGAAGAGCUCCGCGACUUCAGUGCUGACCGCGCGAUGAAGCAGCUCGAUCGCCUUGGCUCAACCUCUGCGGACGCAGCUCAGGGACCCCCAACCGGUACAGCGACCCCUCCUAACGGCUGGAAUAUUGGGUCAGUGAAGAUACGUGUGCCGAAGGAGAACCAUCUGUGUUCGGCGGGAGAGGAAGGGGCGCCUGAGCUCACUGUAUCCGGGAUCUGGUACCGGAAACUUGUCGACAUUGUUGUUGCGGCCGCGACAGCAUCAAGCGCACGAAGAGCUCACUGGAUCCCGUUUGAAUUCCUCUGGAGCCCUCCACCACCUGCACCUACACCAUCCUCAGCCCCGUCUUCCAGUUCAACCGUCAACGAGCAUCCCUCGCCUCCUCCGCAGCGCCUCUAUUCAGAGGUCUAUAAUUCGCAGGCCAUGCUCGAUGCUGAUGCGAAGCUAUCCUCUCAGCCACGACACCCGGAUGACACUGCGGACGUCGAGUAUGUGGUCGCCCCAAUCAUGCUAGGUUCGGAUUCCACCCACCUUACGAACUUCGGAAGCGCCGCACUAUGGCCUAUAUACGCGUGGUUUGGAUGGCUCUCGAAGUACGAGCGCGGUCGUCCAAAUGCUCUCGCAGCGCACCACCUUGCGUACAUCCCCUCGCUCCCCACAACCAUUCAACAGUGGUACGAAGACACUUACGGCGAGCCGGCUACGGAGUCAAUACUCCGCUUUUGCAAGCGGGAGCUCAUGCAGAAGAUAUGGGAGCUCCUUCUUGAUGACGACUUUCUUCGCGCGUACAGGGACGGAAUACUUGUCGAGUGCGCUGACAAGAUCGUGCGCCGCAUCUUUCCGCGCAUUUUCACGUACUCGGCGGACUAUCCUGAGAAGUGUCUCAUCGCCUGCAUCAAGUCGCUCGCCAAAUGCCCGUGUCCGGACUGCCACGUCCAAAAGUCCAAUAUAUAUCUCUUGGGAACUAAGCGGGACAUGGCGCGCCGCGAGAAGGAGCCCCGCACAUACUCCGAACAUCUCAUCUGGUGGAUUGAGACCGUCCGUCGCUGGGUUUUCAAGGAUGGUAUCGACCCGGAGUCCUCGCGUGUCAACAACUCCCCUCUCAACAACCAUUCCUCAACGUCAACUCGGAGCGCAUUCUCGACGCGAUUGGCCGAGUUUGGUUUCGAUGUGUAUCGAAUCCUGGUCCCCGACCUGUUGCAUGAGUUCGAACUCGGGGUGUGGAAGUCCACAUUCAUACACCUUCUCCGCAUUCUCAUUGCAAACGGUGGGGCGGGCCUCCAGCAACUGGAUCGUCGAUAUUCACAAGUCCCAACCUUUGGAAGGGAUACGAUCAGGCGCUUUGGAGGCAAUGUAUCGGCGCUCAAGAAACUUGCGGCCCGCGACUUUGAGGACAUACUCCAGUGCGCAAUCCCUUGCUUCGAGAACUUGCUCCCAGCAGCCUGCAAUAAGAUCGUUCUUAACCUUCUAUUCCGCCUCGCAACAUGGCACGCCCUCGCUAAGCUCCGCCUCCACUCCGAGACAACUCUCACCCAUCUCGAGGAGGCGACCAGCUUACUGGGGGCAUCUGAGCGCGCUUUCGUCUCCAAAGUGUGCUCAUUAUACGCGACCAAAGAGCUCCCCAAAGAGACUGCAUCUCGACACCGACGAAAAGCUGCAAAAGUCGCUCGGUGCGGGCCAUCGACCACAGGUCAAAAGCGGGGCAGGGGAGCGAUAUCAGUACCAUCCAAGAUCAAGGUCCUCGACUACAAUACGUACAAGAAUCAUAGAUUGGGCGACUACCCCCGCACCAUCCGCAUGUAUGGAACGUCCGACGGAUGGACUGCGCAGAUACUCGAGCAAGAGCAUCAUCGUGUCAAGAAGUUCUACCCUCGCACAAACAAGACCUGUGGUUUCGUCGCCCAGAUUGCGCGGCAACAGCACCAUCAGGCGCUGCUACACGAGGUCAUACCUGAUCGUUCCAAGACACAUCCACGACCUACGAAGCGUCGCAAGCUCAACCGGAAACUUGGCCGCCGCCUUAAGCCCCCCACUUCUGUGGUUGACGCUCUCCCGCACACAACUCCAUCCGAUAUCCACCACUACAUCUCGUCUGAGCAAUCUGAACAUACCGACCUGUACACUUUCAUGAAGGACGGCGAGGAGGAUCCGGCAUGCAUUGACUUCGAGUACAAGCUCAAGACACACCUUUAUGAGCGACUCACCGGGAAUGAGCCUCAAGACGUGCACGACAGAGCAUCUGUUGUCAUCCGAAAUGACUGUUUGUAUCCUCACAGGGUCAUACGCGUUAACUACACAAGCUACGACAAGCGACGUGCUCAAGACUCUAUCAACCCUGGCAAUCACGCCGAUAUCAUGUUGGUUGCCCCACAGGGAGCCAGUCACCCAUACCUCUAUGCCCGUGUCCUCUCCGUCUUCCACGUUAAUGCUCACCUCUACCGGACCACAGAGGAUCCUAGGCCAAUCCACGUCUUGUGGAUCCGCUGGUUCGAGCUUGACAACUCGGCCCCCGGUGGCUUUCAUUCUCUCCGACCUCAUCGCCUCAAGUUUGUCCGCUCCGAGGAUGCGUUCGACUUCAUCUCCCCGGAUCAAGUUCUGCGUAGUGUCCAUCUCAUCCCGGCCUUCGCGCAUGGCCGAUCGGACGACACACUCGAAGGACCCAGUGUUGCGCGAAUUGAAACCGAUGAUCUUGAGGAGGAUUGGAAAUAUCAUUACGUCGGGAUGUGGUCGGACCGCGAUCUCUUCAUGCGCUUCUUUGGCGGUGCAGUUGGUCAUCAAACUGUAACACCCCAGGCACUCCAACCCCUGUCAAACAUCGCUUCAGAGAUUACGGAGGCUCGCUCAGAUGUACGUUGUCUGGUACUAGUAGUAGCUGCUUGA